AUGGCACUGGGAAAUAGUAAAUCUGAGGAAAUUGAAGAUAAUUUGAGUGAAUUUUCUAAAGAAAUAUAUGGUGAAUGUGGCAUACUUAUUACCAGCGAGCCUGUCGAAGCAGUUCGAGAAAAUAUAGAAAAAGCUACUUUUAAAGAUUAUGCAAGAAUGAAAAGUAUUGUAACAGAGGCUGUAACAAUUCCUGCAGGAAUUGUCUCGUUUAGUCCGGAAAAAGGUGGUCAACCUGUACCAAGAACUUUGGAGAAUUUUCUUAAGAAGAUGGAGGUACCAAUUGUAAUAGAAAAUAAUGAAAUUUGUUUGCAGGAAGAUUAUACCAUUUGCAAAAUUGGAGAUAGCCUUAGUGAAAACCAAGCUCAUUUGUUGGCUAUUUAUUUAACCGACAUCAUGCAACUAAAUAUUAGUUCAAGUGCUUUCGAAUAG